GUAGAGUCGGCGUUAGAGUUGGCGAAAGUGAUUGCAGCCAACAGUCCGGUGGCGGUUCAGGGAACUAAGGCUGGGCUCAACUACUCGAGGGAUCAUACAGUUCAAGAGGGACUGGAGUUUAUGGCCGUCUGGAACCAGGCUAUGAUACAAAGCGAUGAUCUCAUUAAGGCAGCCAUGGCUACGGCUACCCGGGCUACUGAACCACCAGUUUUUGAUGAUUUUUAA